GAAUCAAAGCCGCAUAACAAUAUCAGUCUGAGCCGACCAUCACCAGCGCUGACGUCCGGCUACGAUGAACGGACUCUGACGCGCCUCUCGGUCCGGAGCGAAGGGAGCCGACGGAGCGUCUCCUCUCGGUUAUAUUUCUUCAUCUUUUUGCAAACAUUUACUUCUCGUUUGAAGUCGCUCCAGCGGAGAUCGCACGCGGGAGGGAAUCAGGAUUUGUCUCGGACGGCUGUAACCAUCAUGGGAUUUUUGUGGUUCUCCAGACUCAGCCUGAUCGUCUUAGCUCUGAUCCCACCGCGGUCUCUGGGCUGUCCUUCUGGAUGCCGCUGCUACAGCCUGACAGUAGAGUGUGGGUCGCCUGGGAUUAAAGAGAUCCCACUAGGUCUUCCCUUCAUCACAGAGACGAUCUUCCUCCAGGACAACUCCAUAGUGCAUAUUCGUCUCCAGGACCUGAGCCGUUUGAGAAGCCUCCACUAUCUGUACCUCCAGAACAACAGCAUCUCAGCCUUGGAGCCUGGAGCUUUUCUCAACCAGGGGCAGCUGCUGGAGCUGGCCCUCAAUGGCAACUUCAUCCAUCUGGUCACCCCUGACAUGUUUCGGGGUCUGGAGCACCUUCGCAUCCUCUACCUUGCUGGCAACCAGAUUACUCGCAUUCAGGACCACACCUUUAGGGGACUGCAGCGGCUGCAGGAACUUCACCUGCAGGAUAACAGCAUAGAGUUACUGGCAGAGCAUGCUCUGUCUGGCCUGUCAUCUCUGGCAUUGUUGGACCUCAGCAGGAAUCAUCUACAUACUCUGGGAGCUUCAUUCCUCAAACCACUUGUCAGUUUGCAAGUGCUCCGUAUCACAGAGAAUCCAUGGCGCUGUGAUUGUGCUCUGGGUUGGCUCAGAACCUGGAUCAGUGAAGACGGACAGCGUCUCCUGAGUUCAGCUGAGCAGCGUCGGCUGAUGUGUGCCGAACCCCCCCGCCUCUCCCACCUCAGCCUGGUGGAAGUGGCUCCCAACAGUCUGGUGUGCAUCCCUCCGGUGGUGCAGCUUGAACCUAACCAUCUGACUGUGCGUCUGGGAGAGAGUCUUCGCGUCUCCUGCCAGGCCUCAGGGUACCCUCAGCCUCAGGUGACAUGGAAAAAAGCCUCUCAUGGUAAACCUCAGUUAUCCCCUCGGGGUCUGUUCCAAGAGCUGGGACCCAAUGGGGAGCUUUUCAGGCCUGCAACUGGAGGAGUAGUGACAGCUUUGCCCAGCCGUGGAGACAUCAAGGUGGGGGGUGUUGGAGCAAUCAAUGGGCUUGUGCGUGGGACUGAGGAAGGUGGCGAGAGGGACAGCUUUGACCCAGACAUGGGCAGCGGCAUGCUCUUCCUCAGUAAUGUGACUGUAGCACAUGCUGGGCGUUAUGAAUGUGAGGCUUGGAAUCCAGGUGGUGUGGCAAGGGUUACAUUUCACCUGGCUGUCAACAUGUCUUCUUCUUCAUAUUCCUCCCAUUUUUGGCCACGGUUGAACACACAUUCAUAUGUUUCUUCUUCAUCUAGCUCCUUCUAUCAGCCAGAAGUCCUUGAUGUUAGCCAGGAGCCAUUGUACAAACAGGAAAGCAUGGACUUUAACGCGUUGGGUCCUGCCACACAGACUGCCAUUGCUAUUGGGAUAUCCUUACUGGCCCUCACUGCUGUUCUUCUCUUAGUUAUGAUCUACACUCGUCACCAGCAGUACCAAAAAGAGGACAGCAGGCAAUAUUGUACCAGCAAAGAAGAGAGCAUCCUCUAUGUGAAUGAUUACUCUGAUGGACCCACCACCUUUGCGCAGCUGGAGGAGUACCGAGACGACCACGGCCAUGAGAUGUACGUACUUAACAGAGCCAAACCCGUCACAGGUUCCGCUUCAUCCAGGUGUCCCAUGAUAAGUGGAUUUGUCCAACAGAAGAGCAUGAAGGAAGCGCUUCUGGACCACGAAAUGGUCCAGACACUGACCAGAUCAGGGGGAAUGGGGCUUUGCAGAAACCCAGCAGAAGGUGGAGAGGGACCCCUAACGACAGAUCCAGAGCAGCUCUUCCUGAGUCAGAGUCUCCUGUUUGGAUCACAAGUUGCCUACGAGAUCCACUGCUGAAGUAUUUUUACCAUGCGCUGAUGUCAAACAAAAUACUGAUGGACUUAUAACAAGACCUUACGAAUCAUCUUGCUGCAGUGAUUUCAUGCAACUGAUUAUUAUCUGGCUUUUAGGAGAGAGAAGGGAAUCAUUUAGUGAUUGCUGGGAGAACCCAGUUUCCCCGACAUCCUUGUCUAAUUGACUGUAUGACAUUAAGAUGGGUCAGGGGACUGGACUGUGGCAAUUAAAGAGAACGUAGCAAACGAACCAUAGGUUUCAGUUACCAUGUAAACCCUUUAAAGAUAAUUAGAAGUGGCUGACCUUGAGAGAAAUGGUAAACAAGUUCAACUAAAUCCAGACAAAAGAGACAGCAACUGUGCAAUGUGAUUGUACUUGUGGUUAGUGAAUAAACUUUUCUACAAUUGUAUUUCUUUAGGUUUUACUUUACAUGUUGAACAUGUGUCUCGUGUAAAUAAAAUUAGUAUAAUUUUCAACAUGAAGUACAGCUUUUCAGUAGACCCGGUUGCAGAUGUCAGUAGAAUCAGAAGAACAGUGAUCCUCUCGUGCCCGGUUCACAGGGCAGGAUUAUUAUGUUGAUUUUUUACCUGAUCGUCCCCGUUCGACAAGUUUAAAGCAGUACGGUAGCUGAAGCCUCUCUCCCUGCUAGUGAUGGGAUUUAUGGCUCUUUCACGGGAGCUGUUCGUUAGUUGGUCAUUUACCUCAAAGAGCUGUUCAAGACUGGUUCGGGGGGCGGUGGGUGGGGUUUGAGCAGGUGUGCUUUACCGACUUCCGGGGAGGUUUGUUAACGGAAGACGAUUCGUUCGUGAACAUUACAUCACUACUGGGUGCGCCCCUCCCUCUAUGACUGUUCUGUCUUGUGGGGCUAAAUUGUGGGCAUCUGUGUGAAACAUGCAUAGGAAAAAAAGAAUGACAGAAAGAACCUACCCCCCACCCCCAGCCGCGACUCGGCUCCCAUCGUUCAUGUUUAUUAGCCGUUCAAAAGAAUCGGUUCAUUCGCGAACGUCACAACUCUACUCCCUACUUCUGCGACUAGAAGCAACGCCUCCCGUUCACAAAUCCACACCUCUAGCCAGCUAGCAGGUAGACUGUGAUUGACUUCUAUACACAAGCAGAUGACGAACGCUAUUGGCUAAUGCUUAGCAACGCUCAAUUCAAGGGGCUCGAUGGGACAUGAGCUUAGAAAAAAUGAACAUAUUGCCUAAAUUAUAUGACAGUACAGAGUAAGACUAUCAUGUAUACAGAUUUCUAAAAAAAUCCUGCAUAAUUCCUGAAAGAGCAAAAACUUCAGAUUGCUGCUUUAAAGAGGUCCUUUAAGGUUUAAUACACUUUCAGUGGUCUCCAAUAGGAAUGAAUGCCUUGUAAGUCGUACUCUGGGGAGGCAAGCUCUUGUGCACCUGUUUGAGGAACUAGAAGUGAGCCAGAUCAGAGGAGAGCUUCAGACAACUGGACCUGGGGCAUUAUUUGCUGAUAUUUAGAUCUCUUGCCGCUGACUGACAAAGACCAACGCAAAUCUACCACUGACUCCAUUUGCUUUAAACAUUGAUGUUUUAUCUCCACAAAUAACACAAGACUGGAGGAGUUCCCCUGUGUUGCCGAGUUGCUAAUGCUAAUGACUAGCAUAGUCGAGAUGUUCUCCGCUCUUUCCUGGACACUAGGCCAACAACAGCCUUCACCAUUGCAAGGGUUGGGUGAGUCCAUGAAUGUUAAGUGACAGUGUUAAACUUAGGGUGACUGAUCAUUUUCUAAAAGAAUAAGGAAAAAUGAUUUGUCAGUAAAGGACCUCUUGAAGAACACGUCUGAUUGUCGUAAUGGUUGUAAAGAUGAUUUUAUCAGAUAUACCAACUGUGUGUGGUGCGUUAAGAGUGCUUUGGUCUGCUUGGAAGCACACUGGGAUAGCUUUGAUUGUAAAUAUGGGCUUUCAAACACGUUAGCUUGUUUUGAUCCAAUUCUCAAAAACAAACAAUAGUCAGUCACAAAUCAAGGGGUUGUUUGUUCACUCCAAAGUCAAGUUUGAUUUUGGGAGAUUUCCCAUCUGACCAGAGAAUGCCAAUGAGUAAAAUUGGUUGAUGUGUCGGGUGUAGUUUUAGCCAUUUGGCAAGACAAUACACACUGUUGGACCAAAUCUAGACAAUCCUUGCUUCUUCUUCUUCUUCUUUUUUUUUUAUCGACGGGGGUGCGGUCUCACAUGUUUUGAAAAUUGUACAAAACAUUUAAAAUCCUGCCGUGUAACCUGGGCUUUAGCAAAACUGCAUCAUCAUAUGCAUUCGUGUGAAUGUUUUUUUCUGAUGUGGCUUGAACAGUUCAAUCAGGAUGUGGCAAGAACUAUUUUUAUAACAUCGGCAUUGUAUGAUAAAUCUUUAUUCUUUGUUAACAUGUGUAUUUUGUUGUCUUUACUAGUACCUUAACCCUCCCACUCUCUUCAUGGGUGACCCCGCCAGGAAAGUUGACCACUGAGCAGGGUUGAUGGUUUAUCCCUUGAGGUCCACAUAGCAGGGGUGAAGAGUGAGCACCACCUCACCCCUGCCACAUGGACCUCAAGGGAUAAACCAUCAAUCCUAUUCAAUGGUCAACUUUCUUGGCGGGGUCACCCAUGAAGACAGUGGGAGGGUUAAAGUAAGAAAUUAACAUUUUCAUUGUAAACAAGUUGGAUAGGCUCUGGAUGCUAAACACAGCAACUCGGAUUGAACACAACAACACAGAAAUUUUGAGAUUCACAAACUCGUAACUCAAAAAGACCCGAAAUUCAGCAAUAUUUUCUUAAGAAAAACAGAAGUCAACAUCUGUAAACUAAACAUCAGAAGAAUUGAUAUUAGAAAAAAACAAAAAACGGAGAAAAUGUCAAGUCUAAUUCUUUAUUGCUGUUUUGGCUGAAAUAUGGUGUAGAAAAUGAUAAAACUUUUAUUGUGCUUUAGUUUUUUAUAGAAUUUUGUCCAAUGUUUCUGUGGUGUGUGUCAGGGCCAAAAAUGAAAACAGCAACCAAACAGUAGGAAAAAAAAAACCUGCAAACACUAGACUGUACAACUAUUUGAAUGUGAAUAUUGUAAAUUUGGUUUUCAGUUUGUAUACAAUAAAAUGUAUUUUAAGAAUCA